UGAGAGGAGCAAAGAAGUGGAAGGUGGGCGGGGAAGGAGAGCGAGAAAGGAGGAUGCACAAGGAAGGAACGAGACGAAGGAAAAGCAUCACUGUCGGAUGCUAGGCGAUCAAUCUACCGGCCUCACGAACGCCCUGCCGCUCGGUCUUUCACCUUCACGAGUUCCCGGCUUUUCUGUUUGGAACGUGUACACGAUCAAGGCGGAAUCAUCACUCGUUGAAGUGAGAGAAUUAACUUCGUGCUGCUACGGCUUUUGCUAUGUGGCGGCAAUCUCUGUAGCAGGGAGUGCCCCGUGGGCUAGGAGCCACAGCAUGCUACGAAUUCUGGCUGGUCUGAUGGGGAGGUAUUUUGUCCGGGGGAUGGAUAUCGGUACUGAUGGCUCUAGGUUCAGUGUCUUUUUCCGUCUGUCUUUUAGUUUGGGGUUCGGGUUUGUUGUCUAGCAGGAGGAUAUCCAAUGCCUUGACGAGGUGGUCGACGACCACAAGAUGUCGUUCGCACAGUUGACCAGCCGCGUACAGCUGCUGGAACAACGACCGAUCACCGCUCCAAGCGCCGACUCCAACUAUGCCGAUCGCCUCGAUGUUUUGGAGAUCUACGUCGGGAGUCUCAAAAUUGGUGUGCAACUACAGCAAGCGGGAAGUCAACAACUAGAGCAGCAGAUUUGCGCUGCGGCUGCCAGUCCUACCGCGUCACCACACAACAGCAUCCCGAAGUUAAAUGGCCAGUCGAUCUUCUGCAACACAACGAAGAGGGAACCUUGGUUUUGCCAAUUUGAACUCGAGCUGGAGAUCAACAAGACCCGCGAUGCCAGCCGACACACGUACUUGGUACUCCCGAUCAGCGGCGCGUGUCAAGCUUGGUUGGACUACAUGUUGUCCACGCACUGGGUCACAGUCUUCGAAUUGCACACAAAGAUCAGCUGGGCUGAUUUGAAGGCAGCAUGGCACAAGCGGUUCCAAGCGGAGCCGCCCAAACUUCAGGCAAUUGUAGAAGUUCCAUCAGAACACGUUGCCAAGUGGACAUUGGAUAGUCCAGCCAAGCCAACGAUGGACGACCCUCAGCCAAGAACUCAAGGUGAAGGCCGUCCUCCUGGGCAUGCAGAAAGGGAGACGCCUUCGAAGCAUGCAGAGGAUGAUGUAGCUGAGAGGCCACUAGAACAAGAAAUGGCACGCUCAGUGUCAGCUCCACAAGAAAGUCAGCAGCAGUUGGCCGCCCAAGGCAACAGCGAUGAAGUGGACGAUACGCAAGUCCAAUCAGGUUCAGGUCCUCAGGAAGCUGAUAGAGCAGAAGUUGAUGCGGGUACAUUCCCAGGUGUCCAAGAAAUAGCAGUCAAGAAGGAGCACCAGCCUGACUCGCAGGGUGGUGAACUAGAAGCUCGAGUUGACGCUGGAUCUAUUUUGGGGAUACUUGUGGACGUAAAAGUUGAUGAGAACCGUGCAUUGUCACUUGAAUCUUCACUGGGUGCGGAAACAGGAGCUGGUGUGGAAUGUGCAUUGGAGAGUUUGGAGGUGGCACCCAACUUGAGUGAGGGUUUGCCGGCAUGUUCAGAAGGGGCUGGGACGGAGUUCAUACCUAUUGUGGCUGGAACAAGUCAUCCAGAAGCGACUAUAGAACCUCGCCAGGAUACCUGUGAUGUGGCGAAACCUCUUUCACCUGAGGACAUGUCUGACCCUGGGCUUGAAGUGCCUGCUUUGCCUGAAGAGCCUGCAGAUGUUUCACAAGCAGAUGUGACUGUCCAGGAGACCGUUCAACCGGUUGAGGAGAAACAACAUGUUGAAGGGGAUGUGGUAGAACCAUUGCGUACUGACAGUGAAGGGGAGGAGGAAGUGUCACUGAGUGGUGAACCUGAGGCACCGAUCGCUCUUGACAGUGUGGAAAGUGCGCUGUCUGCCUUGGCUGAGGAUCCUGGCUCUGUGGGUGAAGUUACAGGUGGCUUUCAGGCCGUGGAGUCCUCAACCAGUAACACAAUUCCAGAGAGUGUGGGGGUUCGUGUUCUAGAGGACUCAUCUGACUCGGACGGCCUUGAGUUUGAUGAUAAAUCGACUAGCGAAGCUUUGGAGGCUGUGACGGAAGCUGUCGUUAAGACCGAGGCAACCUUGGAUCCACCGAAAGAAGAUGCAGGUCGAGCUGAUGCGACUUUCACAUCAGUUUCUUCAGCUGAUCUUCUGACUGCUGUUUCUACUGAGUCAGUCGUUGUCGUGGGUGCGGUUGCUAUUCAAGAGGAGGACAAGAAGAGAGAUGCAGCUGAUCCUAUGGAACCCGACACACAACAAGAGGCGAUUUCCCUACCUCAACCAUCCACUGAGCCAGAAAGGUUGACAGGCAGCAGCUUCAAAUAUGGUACAGAGAUGCAGUCACAGCCUGGCAUUUCAGAAACACAGGUGUCCGGGGCCUUGGAGUCGAAACUGGAGGCGGUGGCAAACAAGGAAGCAGAAGAAAGAGGUGAAGAGGUGGCGCACACCGAGGCAGGUAUGGAGGGGUUGUCGGAGGAAAGGUCUACCACGGAGGGAAAUCCAGGCACAAAGUCUGUGGAUGCUGCUCUGGAUAUCGAGGCAGUUUCUGGCGUAGUAGGGAAAGAGCAGCUGGGAGAAACGGUAGUGGGUGCAGACUUGGCAAUGUUGUCCACGAUCACAGGUGCAGGAGAAGCAUCAAUUGAGCCAUUGAGUGUGCCCUCAGAGACAGCACAUGUUGUGGGUAGUGACGAUGAUGCCAAGAGACCAGAAGCGGUUGAGCCAACUGGUGCAGGAGAGCUCCUCAUGGGAGCAUGUACAGGCGAAAAGGGAGAACCUCUUUCAAUGGAAGCCAUUGGAGCAGAAGGCACGGCAACCGUGGAUGUACCUGAACAAGGACCGGUUGACAACGAAAGUGCAUUUGUGAAGCAGGAGCCGGGGAAUGCGUCUGUAUCCACCACAGUAGCAGAGCUUUCUCCAAUCUCAGGAACGGCACGUAUGGUAGAUGAUACAAGGGAUGCCUCUAGAGAACUUGUUGAUCCCUUGCAGGUGGCAGGUGCUCAGGAUGACACUGCUGAAGCAUCUGGUGAGUCAUCAGGCGAUGAGGCUACUGAAGUGGUGAAGAAUGAAAGGAGUCCGGAAGGGAAGGAAGUCUUUGACCCUUUGGCUCAUCCUUCAGCUGAUACACCAGAUCCUGUUGCGGAAGCAUCAUCACCCACGACAGCGGAUGCUCCUGUUGAAAUUGAUGUCCGGGCAGUGUCUGCUGAGAUGGAUGCAUCGAACCCAUCCAGAACAAUUCCCUCUUUGGAAGUAAGUGCCAUCGAUUCGAGCCAGCCAUUCGCUCAAGCUGGAAUUGAUGGCAUCCAAACGAGUGAAUCAUCGGUUGCAUCAUUGUCAGAUGUGGCAGAGCCAGGAUCAGAGCCUUCGGUCCGUCCUGCUGAAGAGUGUGUGAGGCUGGAGCAUACCUUGGAAGAGAUUGCAAGACCGGCAUUGACCGAUAUUCCCUCUUGUUCAAGUGUCGAUGAAGCUGUUGCAGAGGCAACGAAAGCUUCAAUGUCUUCACUUGUCCCAGGGGAAGAUCCCGGGGUGAAGAAUGGCUAUCAUGGAGAACUGGCGUCUGAAACUGUAUCCUCUGCUGCGCCAGUUGUGGAUGAGGGUGCCCGUGGUGCUGUCGGUGGUAUUCCGGUAGUUCCUGUGGUAAAUAAUGACGAGAGGGUGGCAAUUGGAGAGUCUGUUUUUGUGAGUGCUGAGGAUCCAGUUGAGGUCACCGACCCAGAGCCAUCCCUCCAUCCAGCUGAGGAGGCUGUCAAGCUGGAACACACUAUAGAGGAUAGUGCAAAACCGGAGUGUGCAGAUGUUCCAGACUGCCCAAGUGAUGGAGAAGCAGGUUCUGAGGCGAGGGUUUCUCAGGCACCUCUUGUUAUGCCAGGGGAGAAUGUGGGUGGGGCUUAUCAUGAGGAACUCGCUUCUGAAGCUGCCUCUUUUGCAGCUACUCUAGUUCAUGAGGAUGUGAUUGGGCGUUUUGCUGAUGUUGAUAAAGGGACUCCUUUGGGAGGACAUGAAGAAGGGGUGCCAAUCGAAGCUGCAGGAGGUGUAAGCAUAGAGGACAGUGCAAUUCCUGAGCCUUCAGUUCAUCCGUCCGAAGAGGGUUCCAAACUAGAGCACACACCGGAAGGGGAGGGGGUAGUGAGUCUAAGGCUGACGGAUGUCCCAUCUUCGCUAGCUGAUGCAGAGGCAGGUGUUGAGGCAGUGGAUGCCCAGGUGCCUUCUCUUCACGCAGGAGAUGAUCAUGGUUCAAGAAAUGGAUAUCACGAGCAACUGGUUUCGGAAGACGUUUCUCCUUCAGCACCUCUGGUUUCUGGCACCAGUGAUUUAGAGCAAGGGGUUCCUGUGCAAACAAGUGAAGAGGGGGCAGGGGUGAGAGAAUCUGGUCUUUCUUCAGCAGCUGAGGUCCAAGGCACAAUCCCUGAGCCGUCAGUUCAUCCCAGCGAGGAGGGUGCGAAGUUGGAGCACACCUUGGAAGAGACUGCCAGGCCAGAGCUCAUAGAUGACCUAUCUUCGCCAACAUAUCAAGAAGCAGGGUCUGAGGCAACGGACGCACAUGGUGGUGUGCUUGUCCCUGAGGAAGGUCAGAGUGGAAAGGGAUACCAUGAGGGGUUAGUCUCCGAAGCUGUGGGUGCUAUUGCACCCCUUGAUGAGGGUGUGAUUGUUAGAGCUUCUGGUGAUGAGCAGGGUCUUCCUACAGAAGGCAAUGAAGAGGAUUCAGGAAGCGAGGAGGCUGAUAUGGUAGGGGCAGGUGAUUCAAUGGAAAGCCCACUGCCAGAGCCUUCAAUUCAUCCCUCUCAGGACGUAACAAAGAUGGGCCACACCUCGGAGGAGAGCACAAAACUGGAGUUGGCAAAUAUGCCUUCCACUCCCAGUGAUGGAGAGGCAGCUACAGAUGUAGUUGAAGUCCAGGGGUCCUUGCUUGAACCUGGGGAGCAUCAAGAGCGGAUGGACCACGGGUACCAUGAGGAACUUGGUUCUGAAGCAGUGUGUGCAAGUGCGCCUCUAGUUGACGACACUCAGAUUGGUGGUGUUUCUGGUGCUGAUAAGGCAGCAGCAAGUGAGGCGGACACCGUAAGGCCGAGAGAUUUACAAGAGGGCUCAGACCCAGAGCCUUCAACCAAUCCAACUGGCAAGGGUGCCGACUGGGAGCACACCCCAGAGGAGGUUGCAAAACUUGGUCUUCCGGAUGCUUCCUCUUCUGACAGUGAUGGAGAAGCAGCGUUGGAGGCUACAGAUGUCCAGUCCCUUCCACUGGCAGUGAGACCGGAUCAAGAUGAAAUGGACCACGGGUACCAUGAAGAACUGGUUUCAGAAUCUCUGUGUGGCACCACACCUCUGGUUGGUGAGUCUAUCGUUGCUAGCAUUUCCAGUGCUGAUGAGGUAGUUCGUCCUCCAGGUGGUGAAGAUGUGUUGGAUAGUGAAGAGGCUCGUUUUUUUGCAGGAAACCCAGCUGAGGGCAUGGUACAAGAACCUUCAAUUCGUCCGUCUGAGGAAUAUCCCCGGCUGGAGCACACAUCGGAAGAGGUCGCAAGACCAGGGUUGCCAGGGGGUACAUUCUCUCCCUCAGAUGAAGAAUCAGGCUCCGAGGCAGUGGAGGUGCAAUCGCCUUCUGUGGCCACGGAGAAGGGAGACGGAAUGGACCAUGGACUGCAUAAGGAGCUGGUGUCCGAAGCUGUGUGCGCUGCUGCUCCAGUUGUCGCUGAAGCUGGGACUGAUAGCAAGUCUGAUGGAGAGGAGAUGGACUCUGUUAAAGGAACUGAAGAGGGGCUAGUUGCUGAAGAGGCCGGUGGUAUUGGAAAAAUGGAAGACAUUCCAGAAUCGUCGAUUCAUCCCGAUGAGGAGUCUGCCAAGCUUUCCCACACACCAGAGGGCUUUGUGCGACCGCAGCUGAGUGAUGUCGCAUCUUCUCCAAGUGAUGGAGAAGCAAGGUCUGAGGCAUUGGAUGCUCACGGACCUUCUCUCACACUGGAGGAGGUUCAAGGUGGUGCCAACCGUGGGUAUUCUGAGAAUCUAAUGUCAGAAGCCAUAAGAUCGGCUGCACCUCUGGUUGAUGAAGAUAUUGCUGGUGGGGAUGAGGAAGCAAGUUCUGAGGGUCAUUUUGAUGAGACAGUGAGUGAAGAGACUGGCGCUGUAAUUCCGGACGCCACAGUGAGGAGCACGGUUGCCGAGCCCUCGAUCCAUCCAGAUGGGGAGGGUGCCAAGCUCGAGCGCACUUUGGAGGAGAUCGCAAGGCCAGAGUUGACAGACGUUUUGCCUUCUCAAAAAGACGGGGAAGCAGGGUCAGAGGCAACAGAUGCCCAGGUGCCUUUGUCUGUACCAGAGGAGAGUCCAGUUUUGGCAGAGCAUGGAUAUGAUGCGGACUUGAUUUUGGAAGCCGUGUCGUCUGGUACACCUGUGGUCGAUGCAGAUGAGAUUGGUGUUAUGCCAUGUCUCGCAGAAGGUGCUCCUGUUGAAGGAAGUGAAGGGUUGGCAGGUGAACUAGCCCCGGGACCUGUGGUGGAGUCGUCGAUUGGGCCUGAAUACGAGGAUCCAAUUUCUGUGUGUGAUCCUGAUGUUGGCUUGCCUCCGGAGGUUCCAGAGGUGAUGAAGGAUAUCACGGAAGAUAUGCUUUUGAAGGCUGGGCCGGGAGAGGAGUUGGAAAAAGAAGUCUCUGGCAGGCUCUUGGAGCAUGACGUCCAAGCCUCAGCAGUGGAAAUGGCGUUGGUGUGUGAAGCAGUUGACCGCAACCUGGCAACAGCUGCAGGACUGGGUGUGGUGACAGAAGGGGUUGCUGAGGUUGGGGAGCUCGUCCAAGAAGGUGACUUGAAUCCAGGUUUGGAUCUGCAGGGAAUGGAUAUGUCUACUGUUGAGGAGUCUGAUGAGCCAAUGGUUGUUUCUGGAUCAUCGCCUCCACACUCCCCAGAACACGCUCCAUUGCCACUUGUGCAGCCAAGUGAGGUGGAAAUAAUUAUGCUUCCAGAAUUGGUUUCAGAAGCUGUACCUACUCGGGCGGGAAGGGAAGGACAAGCACCACAGGAUGUUGGUGAAGCUUCAAUAGAUUCUGUUGUCAAAGAUUUGACCGUCACUCCCAAUGAGGCAGUGGUGGAGUCUGAAGUCAUAGCCAUGCAUGUGGAGCAUGUGGCUGCCGGUUCUGUAGAACCGGUGGCUGCGGAGGCUCAAAUGAGUCGACAGAGUGAAGGGACCACUGAACCACCGAUGGAACAAGAGGCAGGAGUCAAGCUGGAAGCAGGAACUGAUUCCCAUAUGGAUUUCACUGGUACCGAGUAUCGGGGCAACGAGGUGCCGUCCGCAGUGGUGUUGGAACCUGAAGUCUAUGCCUCAGAGUCGGAAGGGAGUGUUGAGGAAGAGAAACCUGAAGUGCAACUGUCAUCUUCAUCAACAGAGACAGGAUUGCGAGACGAGGCACCGUCAUUGCAUGGACAGGAUAUUGCACUUCUGGACAGUAAACCAACUGCACAACUGGAAUUCCUCUCUGUGCGAGGUCCUCAAUCCCGUGUGGAUGUCAAGGAAGGGGAGUCAUUUCUUCCUGAACCAGGGUCUCGACCGAUUGAUGAAAGUGCAUUUUGUGCGGACAAACCUGUUGGAGGUAUUCACUCAGGAGAGCCAGAACCUGCUUCAACAAUCUUUGAUGCAUCCGAUGAUGGAGAGAGCUGGUCUGUAGAUUGUACACCUGCAGAUCAGGUGCUAACGAGUACUAUGGAAUCAAGUGAGGGUGUUCAGGAACAGGUCAGAUCUCGAUCGGCAGAUCUUUUCUUGAUACCAGAAAGUGGAAGGGCGGCAGAAACUACAUUGGAGCAUGUGGAAGCUGCUGACAAUAUGGCUCCAAUUGCAUCUGCAGAAACGUGUUUGUUGGCGGCAUCCGCUCCUCUGUUAGUCCGUGCUGAGGCAUCUACUGAGCCACUUACAAAUACAGCACCAGCUGUGGAGAGUGCGUUUGUGGAGGAGGUAUCUGAUCCAGGCCUUGAAAUGCUUGUCUCACCAGAUCUGAUGGCGGCUGUGUCACAAGCAGAAGCUGCUGCGGGAGAUAUGGGCCAUCCCAUGGAGGAGCAUGACAAUAUCUAUGAAGGUGUUGGGGGUGAUGCAUUUUGGAGAGGCACCGUGCCCACAGAGCUGAAUUUGAGUGGUGAACCUGUCGCCCAGGUGAUUGUGGGCUUGCCGGAAGCAGAUAUUGUCUCUGACGCAGAUAUGGUUUGUCCUGCGGAGGGUGCACCUUUUGUUGCUGUCGAGUCCUCAACUGGUGGUGUCCAGGCUGCCACUAUGAAGGACCACAUACUGGAGGAGCGGGCAAUUGCAGAUGGUCUCGAAGUGGACAUCUCUAUGGAGCAGGUUGAAGCAGUUGUGGCCAUCUAUGAAAGGGAGGUGACCUCGAUGAAGCACGAAGAGCGGAAUGAUGCUAUUGACGCAGCAGUUUCUGAUGUGGGGAAAUCCCUCCCGACCGACUCUGUUGCUGUUCGAGAUGCAUUUGCUAAACAUGGGGAAGACCAGCGACCAGCUGCUGAUUCUGACGUUUUGGCCAAGCCCGUUGGGCAUGAACGUUUUCCAUCAGAGCCCUCGAUCCAGCCAGAAGUUUUGAGACAUGGACUUGUGUACGAGAGCGAGGCCAAACUGGAACCUGGAUUCCAAGAAGCGAAGUUGAGUGGAGGUUUGGAGGCCAAGGCAGAAGCCCCACAGGUGGAGGAAUUGGAGGGCAAGAUUUUGACUGAAAGUGGUGCAAUUGCAGGGGACUCGGUAUCUGCGGCGCCAUUUGCAGUGAGGUACACGGAUGCUGCUUUGGAUGCAGACGCCAUUGCAAAUAUUGCUGCAGGAUUUGAACAAACCAAGACGAGAGUUAUGGAGUUAGAUUUAGCCACUGCUGCGGAGCUGACCAUGGAAGACACCAAUGAAGCGUCCUUAGAGCCACCACAAAAGCUCUUAGAUAUGACCCCAUUCGUCAAGUUGGAUAUGAUUGUAUCAGUAGAAGAGCCAGGUGCCAAAGCUCAUGAUACUGAUGAUAUGGAGGCACAGCCUGUCACACUGGAUGGAUUGUUCAUGGGAUCAUCACUAGGUGAGAAGCAGGAAGCAGUCCUACAGGAGGUUGUUGAAUCCAAAUCAGGUGUUCCGGAGAUGGCUGGCAUAUCCAUGGAAACAGAUCCGCUUGUGCAUUCAGCGACAGUUCUCGGCCAAGUGGAGGUUGCCGAUGAGGAGGCUUCAUCAACUGUCCAAGAGCUGUCACAAGAGGAGUGUGUCCUGGCCACUGAUGCUCCGACGCCUUUGGCCCCUGCUCCCCUCCAUCCGUCUGGGGAGCCAGUGGCUGUUAUUGCAGAGUCCCUGCAUGUGCUAGAAGCUGGGGUUGCACCCUUGGCAGAGGAGGUGUCGCAACAUGGGUGGCUUGAAGCGGGAAUGGAGGCUGAACCUGCAUUGUCCGGUCUUGGUCCCAUUAUGAUAGAGAAAGCUGCUCCAGUAAUGGAAAGCUCUGUGGAAAGGGAAUCCGUUGUUUUGGCUGAUGGAUCGGUGCAGCCUGGACAACUCGGCGGGUUAUCUGAGGACACAGCUGAGGGAGCUGCUGAGCCGCCAAGGUCAGCUGUUGAGGACACUGCUAUCAGUAGAAAGGCACUUGAGUCAUCGUCUGAGCCUUCGCAAGUUGUGUCCUUCGCCGUUGCUUUAGUCGAGGUGGGACCGAUUGUUGAUGUGCCUCCCACAAGUACAUGGAUGAGCCAGGGUGUUGAGUACGAGCCUGCAUCGACAAUGCAAAGGGGCAUGGCCUGGGCUCUACAAGAUCCUCAGGACGAAGAAGCCAAGGAAGAAGAUGCCAGGGCGGAAACCCUUGUUCAAGCAGAUGUGGAUGUGACAGCAGAAUGGAUGGCAAGCACAGUCCCAGAAACCAGCAUGGUGCUUUCAUCCAAUCCUUUUGCUGAGAUGGAUGAGAACGAAGGAAGGGAAGACGAGGAGGAGAGGCAAGUGUAUGAGUUGUACGACAAGCCCAUAUUAUUGCCAGAGCCGGGUACCCUUCCAGCAGAGUUGGCUGUGCCCUUGCCAAAGGUUGCAGACUCCAGAGAAUCAGGACAGCCUGCUGAGGAUCUGCCGGUGUCUGUUGGUGUCCUUGAAGAGCAUUUGAUGGUGUUGUCCGAGCCAACAGUCAAAGUGAGACCUUCCAUGGAAACCGCAAUGGCACCAAGUAUUGUGGUAGGGACGUCUGAGCCUCUGAAAGAACCUGCAGUGAAUGUGAUUACCGAGGGUUCUCCUGAGGAGAGCAGAAAGCCUCCCGAUCUUUCACUGGGGAGGACUGGACGGGCAGAGGCUACAGAAGAACCUACUGUGGUCUCCAUGACUGUGUCUGAGAAGGAAAGUACCCUUGAGCCCGGCGUGCCUUCGCUAGUAGAGGCUGUCACUAUUGGCGCUGCUGAGCCUGCGGUUGAGGUGGAAAGCGCCUCUGGAGCAGACGCAAAUGUUGAGGAGGAUGAUCUAACAAGAGUCGUAAAGCCUGCUCCUGCACCUGGAGUGACAGACGAAGCGGAAGUGGCUGUUGCUGCAGCAAGUAUGAUCGAAGAGAAAUUGGCAACUCCAAAGCUUAUUUCGCAGUUGCAGAAACCAUGGCAGUCUGCGGAACAACUUGAACCAGUUGCAGGGGUCGGUGAAUAUGGUAGGUACUCUAGCGCAGCAUUUGAUCCCUUGCCAGCGGAUGGGCAGGAGACUGAAAUGGUGGCAUUGGAGGAGCUGCUUCCUGGAAAAGAAUAUCUCUAUGAAGGCAAGAUCGAGCCUGGGGACAUCAAACAGGGUUUCCUUGGCGACUGCUGGUUCCUUUCUGCUAUUGCUGCUCUUGCGGAGUUUCCUGGGUUGGUGGAGAACGUGUUCCUGCAUAGGGAGGUACCCAAAGAUGGUGUAUACAAGCUUCGUUUCUUCAAAAGUGGGAGGUGGGUCUCCGUGGCAGUCAAUAGCAAUGUCCCAAGCAAGGAGGGACAACCCAUAUAUGCAAAGUCGGUUGGAAAUGAGAUGUGGGUGAUGCUGUUGGAAAAAGCGUAUGCAAAAUUGCACGGGUCCUACAAGCAAUUGGUUCUUGGCAAUCCAAAUGAUGCUCUGCAAGACCUAACUGGCGCACCAUGCUUAUGGUAUAAAUUUGACACGGAGAAAUUCAAGAAGCUUGAAGAAACAACUGGUUUCUGGUCUCUCAUGAAAGACUAUGAUGGACGUGGGUAUCUUAUGGCGGCAUGCACUGCUGGCAAAGACGAGUUCACGGAGAAGGGUGGGAAGAGUGGAAGUGGACUGGUCAAUGGACAUGCGUAUACUGUUAUCAAAGUGAGAGACUCACAUGGACAUCAGCUUGUGAACGUUCGAAAUCCCUGGGGCAAGUUUGAGUGGGGUGGUGCAUGGAGUGAUAACAGCAGAGAGUGGGAGCAGUAUCCCGAGGUCAAGGCUGAUUUGAAUCCAGUGCUAGAUGUGUCCGAUGGCAGCUUCUGGAUGGCAUACCAUGACUUCAAGCAGUCUUUCGUUGGAAUGGGAGUUUGCUGUGUGAGGCAUGGCAACCGACAGCCAUGGAACGAGGUGCACAUUCCCUGCCAGUUUGACAACAGGGAUAUCUGUCGUACUGGGGACACUGCUCAUCUUACAAGAAUCUUCAAGCUGGAGGUGACAGAGCGUACACAUGCAUUUUUAGGGCUACAUCAAGAAGACCCACGGCUCCUGGGUGCUCCAACACCAUUGAAGAUCGGUUUUUAUCUCGUCAAUGAGAAGAAGGUACUUACCGCAAAGAAGCACACACGCAGCGCCAGAUGCCAGCUUGAGGUCAUGUUGGAACCAGGUUUCUAUAGUGUGGUGGUGAAGGGGUUGUCCUUUACUGGUAAAAAUGGGGAGGAGUGCAGUUUUCCGGACAGCACAGGAGAAGUUUUGCCUCGAAGGUUUGUGUUUACGGUACAUUCAGAUAAUCCAGUAACUGCCGAGCUGGAGGGCGAGGUUAUCAUGGAUUCUCCCGGCAAGGAGUUGAUUGAAAAAAUUACAGAGCUUCCAACUGAGCCAGCGGAAGAUGACCUCCUCAAAGUCUGGCAUCUGGACCAGGUGGUUGCUCCAGCUGGCGAGCCUGAUUUCCUACCAUGCUCAUCAAAGAGAGCUGCAGAGUUGCUGCCUGAGCCACAGGUCCACCCUGUGGGCAUGUCUGAAAACUGGGAUGUAUGGAGGGACAUAGAUGGAACCAUUGAGCCUGGCACUGUGCCAUUAUCUUUAACUUCUGUGGUAUCUGAAGCCAGUGCAUUGGCAGAGAUCCUGAAGGAACCGGUUGCUGAUGUCCCUAUCGUUCCUACAGCUCCAGUGCUUCCGCUGGUUGCAGAGGUGGUUGUCCUGGUAUCGGAGGGCACAAAAGAGCAGCAUACAGCACCACAUUCUGAAAUAUCAGCUUUCGGUGAAGAAACUAAGGAGCCGCUUGUACAGCUGUUUUGGCCACACGAUAAGGAAGCUGUCAUUGAGCCAUCACCAUGGCCGGUCACUUCCCCUCUGGCAGAACGGGGGGGGGAGCCUGCUCUGGAUCUUUCAGUAGCAGCUUAUACAGAAGGUGAACCACCUGCGAUCAUUGGUGGGAAGAUCAUGACUGUUCUAACGGGUGAAGGCGAGCCCACAGAAGAUGGCAUGGAUGCCACAGAGAAGUCAGAGGCUCAAAACCGAGCACAGAGAGCAGAGGCUGAAGAAGCUGGGUUUGUAGCAGCAAUGGGUCUGGAUGAAGAGCAGCGUGGUAGACUCUAUAGGAGCGCUCCCUGGUUUGCAGCAGAAGCACUGUUCCCGUCCAAGGAGGUGAUAGAGUAUGGAUCCCUAGCGGACCCUUCAUAUGAGCCCUUGUUGCUACCUCAACACCAAGUGGAGAUGGUGCCAGCUUCCAGGAUUGCAGGUGCCAAUUUACAGUACUUGUAUUCUGACAUCAAACCAUCAGAUAUUAGGCAGGGGAUCCUGGAAGACUCCUGGUUCCUGUCUGCAGUUGGUAUUCUCGCAGAGUUCCCUGGCUUGAUAGAAAGAGUGUUUGUCCAACGGGAAGUGCCUUCCAAUGGGAUAUUCCGGCUGCGCUUCUUCAAGAGUGGGAGAUACGUUACCGUUGCAGUGAGCAGCAAGCUACCGGCCAAGGAUGGGCGUCUGGUCUAUGGACACUCUGCCAACAAUGGGGAAUUAUGGGUCUCUAUUCUGGAGAAAGGGUAUGCAAAGCUGCAUGGAUCGUAUGGGCAAAUGCUGUCAGGCUUGGUCGCUGAUGCAUUCCAGGAUCUAACUGGUGUGCCAUGCUUGAAGUUCAACUUUUCUAGUGCCAAGUUCAAGAAGCUGGAGGCCGAGGGAGGUUUCUGGAGUCUUCUGCAGCAAUAUGUCAAGGAGGGUUAUGUACUUGCUGGCUGCACAUCAAGCGACUCUGAUUCCUCCAGCCCUGCAAAAAGGACGAAUGGACUUGUCAACGGGCAUGCAUACGCCAUCCUGGAGGUGAGGGAGUCUCAUGGUCACCGACUGGUUCAUCUACAAGACCCCUUCGGAAAGUUUGAAUGGGACGGUGCAUGGUCUGACAACAGUCCCGAGUGGUCAAACUUCAUGGACGUGACAGAAGAGAUUCAACCUGUGCUGGAUGGAACAGAUGGUUCAUUCUGGAUGGCCUAUAGAGACUUUAUUAAGAAAUUUGCUGGUAUCGCUGGCUGCUGCGUAAAGCAGGACACAUCAAAGAGCUGGAAGGAGCUGCAGCUUCCCUGCACGUUCAUUGCUGAUGAUUGGUCUUCGUCAGGCAAUACAUCACAGCCAACAAGGAUAUUCAGACUGAAGGUGUCAUCUAAAACAUGCAUGUUUGUUUCACUUCAUCAAGAAGAUCCUCGCAUGAUGGGUGCUGCAGAACCUUUCAAGGUUGGAAUAUGGAUCAUGGACCACCAGAAUGAGUAUCUUGCAUCCAAGCAGACAAUUGAAGCCACUUGUCAGGUUGAGGCAAUAUUGGAUCCGGGGUUGUACAGAGUAAUGGUGAAGGCAUUUACAUUCACAACAAAAAGCGGUCAGGUUAGACGGUUUCCUGACACAAGUGGUAAAAGCUUGCCCAGGCGGUUUGUCUUGACGAUUCAUUCAGACAAGGUGGUGACAUCAGGAUUGAUUAAGAUGGCUCCAUCUGAUACUCCUCUGCGGAGGGUGGUGGUUGUACCUGCAACGCUGUUGCAAAGAGACCCGGCAGGGGAAAUGUAUGCCUUCCCGGAGAAUCAUGAAGGGAAGCCCCCUUCAGGGAAUCUGGAACCGGUCAAUAAGCAGGUCGUCCUGUUUCAUCCAGAGUCCGCAACCGCACCACGUGAGGUCUUUUCUGUGCUGAGGGAGAUUCCUGUUAACACACAAGCAACAGUGGAAGGCACGAUGGAAAAGGAUGUUGCUCCUAGGGUUGUUGAGGUGAAGGCUGUCCUCGCCGAGAGAAAUGUUAAUGUUGCUGUGAAGAUGGUGAGAGCAGAGACAGAGAUUCCUGUUGGGAUCGGGGAGGAAGAUUCAGAGAUACCACUCGACCCUGAGCCGACUGUGGAUGCGGAGCCGAUCAAGGUUGUUCCGCAGGACUGUUUGCUUCCGGGGGAGACAGGGGAAGAGCCAGAUACUGAGCCUUUCUUGGAACCAGAGGAUGAGACAUCGCAAGAGCCUGCCAUUCGCGCUCCUGCACGUCUUCUCUCAGACUUGGUAGAACCGGGUUCUGAAAUCAGUGAGCGGAGUGAGAGCAUGGGCGAUGACGGGCAUAUUCCCGAUGAGCUCACUGGAGGACAGGAUCUUGAACCUCCUGGCCUUGUGAUCAAGGAGCGUGGGACAGUAGUGGAGGACGCAUUACUGGAACCUGAUGAAACAGAACAGGCUUUGCACAUUCCUCAUGACAAGCUCAGCCUCUUCCGGAAGCAACUGCCGUGGCACGCAGCAAUGUCACUUGACCUUGUUGACGGGAUUGAGUAUGGCAUUAUUUCAGACGCCUCGUAUGAUCCACUUACAGUGGAGCAUCAUGGCGCAACCAUGGUCGAGGCCAAACAGAUAUUGCCCGAUGCCGACCUCUUUGGGAAUGGCAUAGAUCCAGAGGACGUAAGGCAGGGCCAACUGGAUGAUGGAUGGUUCUUGUCGUCAGUUGCAGCGCUUGCUGGAUACCGGGGCAUCAUCGAACGCCUUUUCCUGCAACCUGUGGACCCUGCGGAUGAUGGAGUCCUGAGAAUGAGGUUCUUUAAGAGUGGAAGGUGGGCCACGGUUGCUGUGAACACUAAGCUGCCUUGCAAGGAUGGGAGACUUGUCUAUGCCCAUUCCCCAGACAACCGAUUGUGGGGGAGCUUUCUGGAGAAGGGGUAUGCAAAACUUCAUGGUUCAUACGCACGGUUGAAUCAGGGUUCCCCAAGCGAUGCGCUUCACGAUCUCACUGGGGCGCCAUGCAUCACCUUCACGUUUGCGAGCACAAAAUUUAAGCAACUAGAAGGGGGCGAUGGUUUUUGGCCUCUGUUGAAGGUUUUUGACUCUAAGGGCUACAUAAUUGUCGCGUGUGGCCAAGGGAAACGGAGCAGUGGUCAGAAAAUCCUCGUCAAUACUCAAGCUUAUGCAGUUGCCCAGGUUAAGGAAGUGUUCGGCUUCAAACUUCUAGAAGUGCAGUAUUCACUGGGUACCUUUGAGUGGAAUGGUGCCUGGUCGAGCACGAGCGACACUUGGGCUAAGCAUCCAGAGGUUCUGGAGGAACUGAAGCCUGUACUUGAUGGGUCCAGUGGAACAUUCUGGAUGGAAUACAAAGAUUUCCUCAAGCAUUUUCUGGGCGUUGCGGUGUGCUGCAUACGGCAUGACAUGCUGAAACCAUGGAAGGAGGUGAAGAGGCCGUGCACCUUUGUCGCAGACGAUUGGUCAGCUGAUGGUAAUGUGGCCCAACCGACAAGAAUUUUCCGGAUGAGAGUUCUGGGGCCCACUGAGGUGUUUGUAGCACUACAUCAAGAGGAUAUCAGACUGCUUGGCGUUGCGACACCCUUGAAAGUUGGGGUGUGGAUUAUCGACAAGGAGAAUCGCCCUGUUGCAUCAAAAAAGACACAUGAUGCAACGUGCCAGAUUGAGGUUAUGCUGAAUCCUGGCUUCUACAGGGUGAUUGUGAAGGCAUUUGACUACACCACAAAGGAUGGCACAGUGUGCAACUUCCCAGACCACACCGGUGAUGUUUUGCCUCGGCGGUUUGUGCUGACGUUACACUCAGAGAGUCCGAUCACUUUGGAACUUGAGCGAGCACCACCUGGUGUGAGACCCACGCCAAGAAUGAGCAUCUAUCCAGGAACGGACCGUGGAGAAGUCUUAUUGGUAGAGCCCGUUGGGGUGCUGGCUUAUGCUCCAAAUGAGUUAGGCAAGGCACCGGCAGGUGAAGCCUCCUACCUCCCGAGGGUGGUUGAACCAACAGUGCCCGCAUCGGGCGAGCCCGUUGCCUCCGAGAGUAAUGCUAAAGAGACGUCAGUUGCGGAAGUAGGAUUAUCGGAUGCCACAAUAGAGAUCGACCAAGAACCGACUGCUUUGUUCCCUGGAGCUGUAAAGACCCAAGCUCCGGAACCUGUUGUUCGUCAACUUGUCUACAGGCCGACAAUGGUCAGCGGGAGGAAGACAGUGCACGCCGUACCUGAGACAACAGUUUCACCAGUUGGUGAGCCACUGAUUGAGCCUCUGGAUUCAGACGUGGUCACAGAAUCAGCUUCUGAGCCUCGUCGUGAAAUCUUGAAGCGUCUAAGGAGAAUCCCAGAGGUAUCUUCAUUGCCUGGCGUUUCAAUGUCGAUGACAAGGCCAGUGUCAGAAGCUGGUGCAGGGUGGGCGACUAUCCAGCACACGACCCGCAUUCUGGAUAUGGAAUAUGCUCCUACUGGUUGCCGAAAGGUACCAAUGGCCAUCGUUGAGAGGGCGGAAGUCGAACCGAUUGCUGAAGAUACGGAGGAAGUGAAGGUGGCAAGGCAAAUGGGCAUUGCUGAUUCUGACAUGCGGAGGUUCUUGAAAUCUCUACCGUGGCAGGCAACUGAGAACCUGCUUCCCUCGAAGGGCGUGCAGGGAUACGGGAAGACAGCACAUGCUGUAUAUGAUCCGCCCAUUGUCCCAUCACAUAAUGUGUCAAUUGUUAAAGCUGAGGACUUCCUUCCAACGAAGGGGGUGCUCUACCCCUCCAAGGUGGAGGCAGCGGAUAUACAGCAGGGUUUGCUAGAGGAUGGGUGGUUGUUAUCAACUGUUGCAGCAUUGCUAGAGUUCCCUGGACUCAUGGAGAGGGUCUUCGUCAACAAGACCACUCCUGCAGAUGGAAUCUUCAGGCUUCGCUUCUUCAAGUCCGGACGGUGGGUCACAGUGGCUGUGAGAAGCACAUUGCCUUGGAAGGAUGGAAAGUUGGCUUACGGCUCCUCUGCAAGUGAGUACUUGUGGCCAAGCCUUCUGGAGAAGGCCUAUGCAAAGCUUCAUGGCUCAUAUGAGCGAUUGGGUUGCGGGUCGCCGGUAGAUGCUUUGCAAGAUUUAACUGGUGCUCCAUGUGCCAGUUUCAGCUUUUCAAAUCCGAAGUUCAAGCGCCUUGAAGCAGAUGGAGGGUUCUGGCCUCUACUAGAGAGCACGCACAAGAGUGGAUUCAUGACAAUCGCUUGCGCGUCUAAUGGUGGUGUGAAGGGCAAGAAGAAGGCCACUGGGCUCUUGAAUACAUGUGCAUAUGCUGUGCUGGAGGUGAAGGAGUUGUAUGGUCACCGAUUGGUCCAUGUGCGGAAUACAUGGGGGAAGUUCAAGUGGACAGGAGCCUGGUCAAACAGUAGCAGCGAGUGGCGAAGGCACCCACAAGUUAUGGAAGAACUGCAGCCAAUGUUAGAUGGGUCUGAUGGGAGUUUUUGGAUUGGCUAUAGUGAUUUCCUGAAGAAAUUUGCGGGUGUUGCGAUCUGCUACCUACAGAGGGAUGGGAAAAAGCCAUGGAAAGUUCUGCAGAUGGGGUGCUCGUUUGUUGCGGAUGACUGGUCUGCUGCUGGCAAUGAUACUCAGCCAACGCGUGUCUUCAGACUGAAGGUGCAAGAGCGAACGCAUCUGUUUGCAGGACUACAUCAGGAGAGCCCGAGAAUGCUUGGAGCACCAGAACCAUUCAAGGUUGGAAUCUGGGUGAUGGAUAAACAGAAUCGGUAUCUGGCAACGAAGCAAACGCAGGAUGCGACGUGUCAGGUCGAUUGCGUGCUCGAGCCCGGUUUGUAUCGGGUAAUGGUGAAGGCUUUCUCAUUCACAGGCAAGGAUGGAGAGCAAUGCAAGUUCCCCGAUCCGGAGGGUAAUGUCCUGCCAAGACGGUUUGUUCUGAUGGUUCACUCGGAAAAGCCAGUUGCUGCGAAACUCUUAGCAGAGGCACCGACUGAUAUUGUGAAGUCUGUGAAAGAGCGUGACGUGAUAAUCUCAUCACAGCCGGCGGCAGAUAUCCGCCGAUUGCUGAAUUCGGAGCCUGGAAAGCAAGCUGUGCACUCGCUUACUCCUCAUAGAGAAGAACCAGUGGCACCGAUCAUUUACUGUACAGAUGUAGCUGCUGCAAUUGCCCAGCGAAAGUCUUUGGCGGAAUGUACAGCAGAGCCUCCACAACCAGUUGUGCGAGUAGUCAGGCAUCCUCUUGCAGACUCUAUCAUGGUGGCACCAUUCCAUGGACCGGUAUUUGAGAUAGGAGAGGAGCCCAAGGAGAUGGAGACGGAGGUGCCGAUUGUUGAAUCGUCUUAUCCAGAACCUGUCGCAUAUGACAAGGUCAGUGAGGAGGAGACUGCUAAUGUAGGAACCAGUGCCACUCCUGGGAAGGUUGUGGAGGUGGAAGGCAAAUGUGAGCCUCAGCAUGAUGUAGCCAAGGAGGUAUGCCCGGUGCUCGAGCCUGUGGAAAGGUCCACGGAGGGCAAACCUGAUGUGGAACCACUAGAGCCCGUUGAGAGUCUGGUACAGAGUGAAUCUGCUCUGGAUAGUAUUGGUCCCGCUCACACUGAGAGUGCUGUGACAAGCGAUUCUUUGCUGAAUGCUGUUGAUGCGGUUUCCGUCGAGACCUCCGAACAUCCUGCCGAAGCCGUCACGCCAGUCGAGGGUGCAGCAUCUGAUGAACAUCCUGAAUAUCUUGAGCCCGUCAGCAGUAUUGCACGUGAACAGUUAGGUGAAGAUGAUACAGAAGCUGACGCUCGCUCAACAGUAGAAAGUGAGCAUGAUUCCCCAGUCUCCGAAAGGGAACAGCUUGAUAUUGUCUGGGGAUCAGAACCUGGAACGCCAGUUCGUCCUCAGACUACUCUGGAAGAGCAAGUGAAGAAAUCUGUAACAUCUGAGUCUCCCCCACCCGUAAGAGAAGCGGGUGAUGGCAGCUUUGUGGAGGUACCGCCAGAAGAAAAGCGGAGCCCAUAUGGUACUCCCAAGGCUCAGGAGGUGGCAGAGGUUGUCCCAUCUCAGGGGCAAGCAUCAGAACCACUACUGCUGGCAGCGGGAAAACCGAGGGAGGGUGCUGAAGGAGAACAACCUCUGGAGUCCACUGCGUCAGCUGUCGCGGAAUCGUCAAACGCACGAGCUGCUCCAUCUGAGGCAAAUGGUUUUGAAGAGGUCGAUGUAGAGGAACCAAAGCAGGCAGGUGCCAUGGUCACAAACACUUCCAUAGAGGGUCAAGAGGAGGAACUUCUCGCAAAAUCGCUAGGGAUCGCAGAGGAGAACCUUCCAGAUCUGUGGAAGUCUGUGCCGUGGCAGGCGGUGGAGACUAUUACACCAGCGAAGGGUCUGGAGGCCUUUGGUAUGAUAGCUGAUCCAGAGUACCAACCAAGUCCUGUUCCUCGGCAUGGGGCACAGAUGGUCCCUGCAGAACGGCUGCUCUCCAACCCAAGUCUGUUCUCUGGCAAACUUGAUCCAUCCCACAUUAAACAAGGCAUGUUGGCUGAUCUAUGGUUCCUCUCAGCAGUGGCAGCACUUGCGGAAUUCCCGGUGUUGCUGCACAAUGUCUUCGUGCAGAAUGAGAUGUCAGAUGAUGGUGUGUACAGACUGAGAUUCUUCAAAAGUGGAAGGUUGGUCCAGAUAGCAGUCGACACGAAGGUUCCUGCCAAGGAUUUCCGGCCGGUUUAUGCUUACUCGUCAGCAAACGAACUCUGGGUGAUGUUGAUGGAGAAGGCUUAUGCUAAGCUGCAUGGAUCAUAUGAAGCUCUUAUUGGAGGAUCUCCCAGUGAUGUGCUGCAAGACCUUACAGGAGCCCCGUGCAUAACAUAUGCCUUCACGAGCACAAAAUUCCAACGAUUUGAGUCAACAGGAGGAUUCUGGACUUUGUUGAAGGGAUAUUGCGACAGGGGUUUCAUUUUGACAGCAUGUGCUGCCGGGGCAGAUGAGUGUGAGGAGAAUGGAGUGAAGAGGGAGGGAGCCCUAGUGAAUUCACAUGCAUUUGCCGUCACAUCGCUGAGGGAACUUGAAAGAGGAGUGCACCGCUUGCUGCAUGUGAGGGACCCAAGGAACAGCUUCAAAUGGACUGGUGCCUGGUCACAUAGAAGUGCAAACUGGACAAAAUAUCCACAUGUCACUAAGGAAAUCAAACCGAUACUUGAUGGGUCGGAUCAUGGUUUCUGGAUCUCCUAUGAGGAUCUUCUAAAGAACUUUAUUGGAAUGACGGUCUGCUGCGUAAAGAGAGAUGGAACAAAGCCAUGGAAGGAGUUUCACAUCCCUUGCAGUUUCGUUAACUUUAUUGGAAUGACGGUCUGCUGCGUAAAGAGAGAUGGAACAAAGCCAUGGAAGGAGUUUCACAUCCCUUGCAGUUUCAUUGCAGACGACUGGUCGUCAGGAAACAAUCCUUCUCAGCCAACCAGGAUAUUCCGUCUGAAGAUCACUGAGCCAACCAGAGUUUUUGUCGGUCUUCAUCAGGAGGAUCCGCGACUGUUGGGUGUCCCUGAACCACUGAAGGUUGGACUUUGGAUAAUGGACAAGCAGAACCAAUUUGUGACAAGUAAGCAGACGCCGGAGGUGGUCUGCCAGUUGGAGACGAUCUUGCAGCCAGGGCAAUACAGAGUGAUGACGAAGGCGUUCUCGUACACGAACGGGAAGGGAGAAUUGGUGAAGUUCCCAGAUGUGACUGGGACUGCGUUGCCGCGGCGUUUCACGCUCAUCGUGCACUCAGACAGGCAGGUGGGAGCACACCUGAUGCUAGCGCCAAAGUCGUCGACGAAGUCGUGGAAGGAGUUGCACACUCAUUGCAGCUUUGUGGCGGACGACUGGUCAGCACUCGGCAAUCCGCGGCAGCCGACAAGAAUGUUCCGCGUCAAAGUUACGGAGCCCACACGCAUCAUCGUCGGGAUCGAUCAGGAGGACCCGCAGAACCUAAGGGUUCAACAACCUUUCAAAGUUGGUGUUUGGGUAAUGGACAAGCAAAGCCAGUUCCUGGCAAUGAAACAGAGUUAUGAAUCUUACUGCCAAGUGGAGGUCACGCUUCAGCCGGGAUUCUACAGGAUCAUGGUGAAGGCUUUCUCGUAUAUGACAGCGAAUGGCAUCUGCAAGUUCCCUGACCCUACGGGCUCUAUCCUGCCACGGCCUUUCAUUCUUUCAGUCCUUUCAGAAAAGCAUGUCGAUGUCUUCCUGAUGACCAGCGCCCGUGCUGCCAAGCUCUUAACUUCUGUCUAUUGAUACCUUGUCUGCCUAUUGAUUUGUUUCAUACUUUUGGGGGGAUAAUGUCUUUUUUCUUGUGUGUUUCUUUCCGUUCCUUACACUAUCGGUAGGUUGUUAUUAGCUUUAGAUAUACGAAGUUAUCAACCUAUUUGUGCCCUAAUUCAAAAGGGGGGCCUACUAAAGAUAUACUCCGCCAAGUUCCAGUCGGAAUGUUUACGAAUCCAUUCCAAGAUUUGCGGUUUACUUCCAUUAUAGCCAUCAUCGUAGUCUUGCCAUUUGUAUUUGGUUUUGUCUUUUUCAUCAGUAGAAUGUACGUUUGCACGGUGUCCGCACCUAUGAAAGGGCCGCACGGGGGGUAAGAGGAGGGCCGGGGGGGGGGGGCGAAAAGGGGAAGGGAAAGAGAGGAGAAGGAAGGGGGGUAGAGCGGUGACAAAUGGGGUGACUCAUAUUUUUGUUGGUCUGUUGAACUCUGUUUUUUGUCCUAUUUUUGUAGAAUUGUUGUUGCCUCCAAUUCUGGACGAAGUUAUAUAACAUAACAAGUGGGUCCAUCUGGUAAUAGGUGAUUGAUCAUCCGUCACUUUUUUUUUUUUAUUUGUUCCGUCUUUCCAUCACUUGUUUGUUGCUUCUGUCUGUGCGACUGGGGAGAUGGCGCAGAGGUUAGUUAAUGACGAUGAGAAUCAUGAGAUCUAAUGACCACAGGAGAGAAGGAUGAGAAGGAUGGCCAAGCUUUGAAGAUAACAGGCGGGGGGGUGCAGGGGGGGGGGCAUCGUCGUUGAUCUUUUGAGGUAGGUAGCUGGUCUUACUUUCAGUCAAGGUGCGUAUGGUUUUGAUUUUUGAGCUAGUUAAGGAAGGUUCGAGUUUGCCUUUAUUUCAGUCAGGCUGUCUAUGUCAUGUGAGGUUUUGUAAUGUAAUAGGGGCUCACAGCACAGCAGGGAGCACCAGAGUUUGCUAAAAGUUUCCUUAAAACAGAUUUUCAAAGAUUCUAUGAUUCAUUUUUCUUUUUGUUUGGUCUCCUCUGUUGUAGAAUGUGUUCCUUAGUUUGCAUUCCUUUAAUGCGUUGUUUGCCAGAGAGAGCCAGCGAACUUGUUAGCGUCAGUCACUCGAGCCUCCACAAUCCUUGUCCAUCUCAGUGUGGGAUGGGAUUGGUGAUCUGACUUCCAAGCCAUCGAUAUCAGGGGUAGUAGUAAACUCGAUAUCUGUCUGGGAAAUUCAGCCAUCGAUAUCAGGGGUCGUAGUGAGCUCGAUAGAACGCGUGUUAGAUUGCAAGACUUCCACAUAACCAUAGUCCAUAGUCCAUUGGGGUCUGACUGAUGUUGAUUCGACGGGUGUUAGUGCUCUGUGUGUUCCUCGUUCUUGGAUACGCUUCUUCUCGUCUCUGUCGUAGCAGCCAGUCAUUAGACUUCAAGGCUCUAGUCAUAACUUCGUACAGAUUGUUGUCGCCGUCUGCCUCCUCUGCCUCUGUUAGUCAUAAGCAAAGACACGAGCAUAGUCCGGUAGGACUUCACGGGUAAGUUUUUUCUACGGUGACACUCUUCGUUCGUGAUUCCUGAAUCUGUUUUGUGAUUCGCAUUCCCAUUUAUUUGUCUACUGUUAAGCACAAGCCAAUUUGUCUUUUUCUGUUCACUGUGCGUUAUCAUCCCUUUACCCAUUCUCUCCUUUCCCCAUUUGUCUGGUUGCCGAGAGUACAUCUCAUCACUCUGUAUCUCCUGAUCGAGGCCAAUCACUGGGCUGGUGUAGUUGGAACAUGUCGCAAAUCUUGAAACCGCCGACCAGUUUGCGGUCCUAAUUCCUUCCUAAUAAACCUUAACCAAGAAA